AUGAACGGAUCUUGUUUGGGAUCUUUUCUGGCCCUUGUGGGGCUUCUCUUCGCCCUGCUGACCGGCUCUGUGGCGGGAGCAAGUUACCGGCUGGAUGGUAACAUUGCUUCCUCUCACUACAACCUGACCAUAGGUGUGUUGAGGGACUCCACCGAUUCCACUCUCUUCGAUGGCGAGGUGGCGAUAACUCUGCAAGUGGUUGGGAGCGAACCUGUGUCCGUGAUUACACUACACUCUGACGGUCUCAACAUAUCGGAAUGCUGGCUGCUUGAUGGCGCAACAGGUGCGCAGGUGGAGGCUAUCGCAAGCAACCGGCUGACUUAUGACGUCCCCACCCAGCAGGUGAAUGUUCCGUUAACGCAGGCACUGCAGUCUGGACGUAACUACACGCUGGGCUUCAAGUACGUGGGACGCAUUCGCACGGAUUUGGUGGGUCUCUUCUCCGCCAGCUAUGUGGAGCAGGGUACCAAUGCCACCAAGUGGAUGGCCGUCACGCAGAUGCAACGCAUCAAUGCCCGACUUGUCCUGCCCUGCUUUGAUGAGCCUGCCAUGAAGGCCAAGUUCCAGCUGCAGAUUGAGAGGCCCAAUGGCUACCAAGCCAUUGCCAACACUAGACUAAUAGAGACCACAGCUGUAGAUCAAGGUCGCUUUGUGGAUCACUUCCACGAGACCCCAGUGAUGUCCACUUACCUCCUGGCUUUCAUGAUUGCCGGUUACACGGCCCGCGGUAAUGUCAGCGAGUUUGCAGUCCUCACCCGUCCGGAGUUCUACAACUACACGGAGUUCAGCUACCAUGUUGGUCAGCAGGUGCUGCCCGCCUACGAGAAGUUGUUCCAGAGUCCUUACCAGCAGCUGGGCAAUGAUGUCCUGCAGUAUGCCAGCUCCCCUAGGUUCCCGCACAACGGCAUGGAGAACUGGGGCCUCAUUAUCUACAGCGAUGAUGUCCUUAUCCAGGAGCCUGGCUACACGGACGACUGGUCGGACAAGGAGUUCACUGCUCGCAUCAUUGCCCACGAGACCUCGCACAUGUGGUUUGGGGACAGUGUUACCUUCUCCUGGUGGAGCUACUUCUGGCUGAACGAGGCCUUUGCCCGUUACUACGAGUACUUCAUGACUCAUCAGCUCUAUCCGGAGUAUCACUUGGACGAGCAGUUUGUGGUGCGUCAAAUGCAGUUGAUCUUUGGAACAGAUGCAAGGAACUCUACGCAGCCUUUAACUAGUCCUGAGUCUGAGAUUCAAACUCCUGCCCAGAUAGCCUACAAGUUCAGUGGAGUCACAUACGCCAAGGGUGCCUGCAUUGUGAGGAUGUGGCGGAAUGCCAUGGGAGCGGAUAACUUUGACACGGCCAUCAGGAGCUACCUGAAGGAAUAUCACUUGGAGAACACAGUUCCCCGGAACCUAUUCUAUUAUCUCUUCGAAAACUGGCCACAGACUCCCUAUGUAGAUCUGGUCAACUUCUUCGCAGACUACACCGAGCAGGUGGGCUAUCCCAUGCUGAUGGUUAAUGUGUCAAGCGAACACUUCAUCCAAGUGGAGCAGAAGCGUUUCCUGCUGAAUCCCUCGGAUGGCAGCGAUGAAACCCUAAGGUACACGGUGCCCAUCACCUAUGCCACCAAUCUGGCGCCAAAUUUCUACAACUUGACACCUUACGUUUACAUGGACAAGCUGGUGGAUGUGGUGAGACUGUAUUUCGAGGAUCCAAUCGAUUGGAUUGUCCUCAAUCUGAGGCAAUCCAACUACCAGCGAGUACUGUACGAUCCCACCCUAAUGAGUGCCCUGCAGGUGGCUCUCUCGUCCUCCAAUCACAGUGGUAUUCCUGUCGAGAAUCGGGCACAGAUCAUCGACGAUUUGUUUAACUUUGCUCGUGUUGGUUAUCUCGACUAUGCCGAGGUCUUUGAGUUCUUGGAGUACCUUAGUGGGGAGGUGGAUUAUGUGCCCUGGUAUGCUGUCUACGAGAACCUGAAUCUGGUGGCCAAGCGUCUGAAACCGGAGCAAUUGCCCAACUUCAGGGCCUACCUUGCCGACAUCACGGGCGCUGCAUUCGAGAAGCUGGGAUUGGGUUGGAGUGCGAAGGAUACACCGCUGGAUGUGGCCCAUCGGAAUAAGCUGGUGACCUGGCUGUGCCGAUACAAAAUCAAUCAAUGCCGUGAAAAGAUCAAUGUGAUGUUCGUCACGGAGCAGGAGAUACCUACACCGGAUUACCGGGAAACCUUCUACUGUGCCGCUGCCAGCGAUUACAAUUCUUUAAUGAUGGUUUGGAGCCUGUAUUUCCUGGAGACCCGACCGAGCGAAAAACAGAUGCUCUGGAUGGCCACGAGUUGUACAAGCAACUAUGAGACGUACUAUUACAAGAUGAUCCUAGAGUGGAGUGUGAGUGUGGAGAACAAGAAGGCGGGAAUAGCUCGUCUUUAUGAGCAAAAUCCUGACCUGGUGCAGCCCAUCUUUGAGAUGAUAACUCAGAACAUUACCGAGCUGGCAUUGGACCUGGGCAGUUGGUCGGACACAGCCGAGGUUAUUAGCGACAUGACGGAGUACUUUACGACGCGGGAGCAGCAGCAGCUCUUUAAGGACUUCUACCAGGACAAUCAGCAGCUCUUCGGGCAGUCAGCUUCAGUGCUUUCCAAGGCCUUGGACACGGUCGAGCAGAAUCUGCAAUGGGCUGAGCAGCGUCUGGACAAACUGGUCAUCUUUUUGAGCCGAAGGAAUGGCAGUUCCGGGCAAGCAGCCACCUCUAUUCUGGUGCUACUGCUGGCGUUGACCAGCGUUUUGGCCUGGCUCUGAUUAGCUGAAUGAUGUCUGUGUGUGUGAGUGAAUGUGUGUGGAGGGGAAAUAAAAAGAGAUUGGCGUGGUCGUGCACCACGGGA